CAAUUAUAUACCGACGGGGCACCCUGACGUUGAAUUCCCCCAAAAGACCUGUCGCCGUUAUCAUUCCCCAUUCCGAUCGAAUUCGUUGCACUCAGAUUCCGAAUAACCACCCAUUUAAUGCUGUUACAGGUCGCUUUAAUUCGCCUUUUGCAUCUAUUUUCAUCCCAAUGAUCUAGGGUGGUUUUAAUAGAGAAAGGAACAUUUUAAUAGUGAUGAUAUAGUUUCAACAUAUUGCCUGGUGAGAACGUAUACGUAUAGAUUUAUAUGGCUGAUGGUAUACCAAGCUUUUGGGGGCCGGUCACAUCCUCCCAUGAAUGGUGUGAGAAGAAUUAUGCGGUUUCUUCAUAUGUUGCUGAGUUUUAUAAUACCAUCUCGAAUAUCCCAUGCAUUGUUUUGGCACUUGUUGGCCUUUUAAGCUCGUUGAUACAACGUUUCGAGAAGAGAUUUAGUGUUCUACACUUGUCAAACAUGGCACUUGCGAUCGGAAGCGUGAUGUAUCAUGCUACACUACAACAUGUGCAACAACAAAGUGACGAAACACCAAUGGUAUGGGAAAUGCUCCUCUACAUCUACAUCCUAUAUUCACCCGAUUGGCACUACCGUAGCACCAUGCCCACAUUCCUCUUUCUAUACGGCAUUUCCUUCGCUGUUCUCCACUCCAUUAUCCGUUUCGAUAUAGGAUUCAAACUUCAUUACGUGAUGCUAUGCGUAUUGUGCAUUCCUCGGGUUUACAAAUACUACAUCUACACACAAGAUAUACGCGCCAAACGCCUUGCAAAGUUGUAUGUGGCUACCCUUUUGUUGGGUAGUUUAUGCUGGUUAGGUGACCGCUUCUGCUGCAACCAGAUAUCCAGCUGGCCAGUCAACCCGCAAGGCCACGCGAUGUGGCAUGUCUUCAUGGGCUUCAAUUCCUACUUUGCGAACACGUUCUUGAUGUUUUGCCGGGCCCAACAACGUGAAUGGAGCCCAGAAGUUGUUCAUUUCAUGGGAAUUCUUCCUUAUGUGAGGAUCAAAAAACCGAAGACGCAUUAAGAUCAUGGAACAGAGGUAGAUAUGGGAUUCGGGGACCCGCAGGUAAUGUCUUAUUAUAUUAUUCUGGAGACCGUUUUAAUAUGGUUUUUGAAGUUGUAGUUUGUUAAAGUAGGAUGUUUGCAUUGAUUGGUUUCAUUUAGUAAUUUAAUGAUAUAAUUCAAGGAUUGUAGUUUUUUUCUUUAUAAAUUUUGUAGGUUUCCAUUAAUAUUAUUUGUGAUCCAUGAUGGGGUUUCAGAGUUA